UCUGAGGGGUUUCAGCAUUGAGACGCUGCUGGAGUUUAAGGUGCAUCUCUGUUUCUAAUGCAUUGCCAUCCACAUCAGGACAAAUAUGAAUUAUGAAACAGAGAAAAUUACUUUAGAGAAUUUGGACUUCUCAAACUACUACUACGGUGAAAAUAUGACAGAAGGACCUUCUGAUGAAACACAAUACAUCUGCGAAGUCAAAAAGGACCCACUGCUUCUGUUUCGCACCGUGUUCCAACCGCUUAUAUUUGGUGUCGUUUUUAUCACCGGCCUAACAGGCAAUGGUCUGCUUUUGAUAGUCCUGUUAAAGCGGCGACACAACCUCCGCAUUACAGAGAUCUACCUGCUACAUCUGGCAGUGGCUGACCUGCUCCUCCUCUUCACUUUCCCAUUCGCAGUAACCCAAAGCAUAGCCGGAUGGCUUUUUGGAACCUUCCUGUGCAAGCUAGUGGGUCUUGCUAAUCGCUUAAAUCUGGUGUGUGGCUGUCUCCUUUUGGCGUGCAUCAGCUUCGACCGCUACCUUGCCAUCGUGCAUGCCAUCCCAAGUCUCCAAACCCGCCGGCCCAGGACUGUCCACCUUACCUGUGGACUGCUCUGGCUCCUCUGCCUACUUGUGACCAUUCCCAACUUGGUGUUCUUGUCUGUGGAGAAGGACAGCAACUCAACUAGGCUCUCUUGUUAUUACAACAGCUACGGCCUCCAUGGUAGUAACUGGAAGCUGACCAGCCACUUCAUCACACACCUGUGCUUCUUCCUGCCUCUGGUGAUCAUGGGCUACUGCUACACCUUUGUAGUCAUCACCCUUCGCCAAAGCCAUAGAAGCCUGGAGAAACAGGGAGCAAUUCGGCUGGCCCUACUGGUUACAGUGGUUUUCUGUCUGUGCUGGCUACCAUAUAACCUCGCCAUUCUGAUGAAUACCCUUGUGGACCUGGAGGCUAUGCCUAAGCUGAGCUGCCCUGCGCAGGACUCACUGAAUCGGGCAAUUAUAGUGACCGAGAGCAUUGGCUUUUCCCAUUGUUGUCUGAAUCCAAUCCUGUAUGCCUUCAUAGGGGUCCGUUUCCGAAGAGACCUGCUGCAGUUGCUUGCGAAAACAAAGUGUCUGCGUGUUUGCUUUUCAGGUGUGCGCAUUAAUAAUCUGAACAGGGUGUCUGUCACAGAUGCUGUAACUACAACAACGAGUAGCCAAUACAUCUAAUAGCGGAUGAAUAUUUCUGUACAUAUAUAUAUAUUUUUAUCCCAGCUUUAUAGAAAUACCUGCAUACUGAGCCAGGAACUGGACAACUGCAAAUAAUGCAAGUGUGUGAGACCAGAUAUUUGGACAAUCAGUUAAACAUUCAUACCUGAUCUGCAUUCUGCUUUGGAUUGUUGUCUUUUGGUUGUCUUAUAUUAAA